GAGAACUCUUCACCUCACCACUUAAUUGUCUUUGUCUGACGUCCACGGGUACCAGACCUCACUCAUCAACCCAAAUCACAAAGCCUUGAAGGAGAUCAGAUCAACAAGAUGGCGCCUUCAACUGUGAAGCAAUGGACGAUCACAAGCACUGAGAAGGGCUUCGAUGGCCUAGAGUUUGGCGAUGCGGAGUUGCCCAAGGUGGGCGAGAAAGACGUCUUGGUCAAGAUACAAGGGGCCUCGCUGAACUACCGUGACCUCAUCAUCCCCAAGGGCAAAUACCCCUUUCCCGCCAAGCCCCCGAUCGUUGCCUUGUCAGACGGUGCUGGUGAGGUCGUCGAAGUCGGAAGCAGUGUCACCAGGUUCAAGCCCGGCGACAAGGUCGUCACACUCUUCAACCAGGGCCACCAAUUCGGCCCCGUAGACAUCCCCGCAGCGAGCAGCGGCCUCGGCGGUGCCGUCGACGGCGUGUUGCGAGAAUACGCCGUCUUGAACGAGAACGGCCUCGCCCGUGCUCCCGCAAAUCUGAACCCUCUCGAGACGGCGACCCUGACGUGCGCCGGCCUCACGGCGUGGAACGCGCUGUACGGCCUCAAGCCCCUCCUCCCGGGCCAGUGGGUCCUCGUCCAGGGCACAGGUGGCGUGAGCCUCUUCGCCCUGCAGUUCGCCAAGGCCGCCGGCGCAAAGGUCAUCGCCACCUCGUCCUCGGCCGACAAGCUCGAGACCCUCAAGAAGCUGGGGGCCGACCACGUUAUCAACUACAAGGAGGACACGAACUGGGGCCCCACGGCCAAGAAGCUGACGCCCGGUGGUGCCGGUGUGGACCACAUCAUCGAGGUCGGCGGCGCCGCGACGCUCGAGCAGAGCGUGCAGGCUAUCAAGUUUGAGGGCAUCAUCACCAUCAUCGGAUUCUUGGGCGGCGUGAAGGCGAAGACGUCGGCGCUCGACGCGCUGAACCACAUCUGCACGUUCCGAGGCAUCUACGUCGGAAGCCGACAGCAGCUGGAGGAAAUGGUCGCAGCCAUCGAGGCUAACGACAUCCACCCCGUCCUCGAUAAGACAGUCUUCAGCCUGGAGCAGACGAAGGAGGCGUACGAAUACAUGUGGGCGCAAAAGCACUUCGGCAAAGUUGCCAUCAAGGUGGAGUAAGACACGACCUAAAGUGCUGUUCAAAUAGGUGGAUGACGUUCCACAUUGAGAGCCAAUCUGGAUGGGCCAGAACUGUAAUUUAUUGUCCGAGAUACCGAAGGGUUUAGCUUCCCCUGCGUGCGAGUUUCAUGCUAUUAUAAGCCAUCCCAGCCCGAGCAACAUCACGACGUGAAUCACCAAGUCGCUGCUAGAACAUUUGAAUGAGAAAAAUUAUACACCGG